GCAGGAUAACUGGGGAUAAAACCUGCCUCACCAGGCCCUUUUCAUUCUCUUAUUGAAUACUUCUGCUCUGUUUGUUCUUGCAUUUACUGAUUUGUUUUGUGGCAGUCCCAAGUCCUCUGAACUCCUGUCUCCUUUAGGAAAUUCAGACAGGCUACUGCACUGAAGACCCCUCUCCUGCCCAUGAGUUAGGAAGGUAUUUGUCUCUUCCUUUUGAGAGAGAGAGAGGCAACAGAAUAAUCUGCCCUGCAAGGAACAUGGCAGUCUUGUCCCUUGUGAAAUGAAAACGUCCCCAGAACACAUUAUUGGCCAAACUUUACAAAGCAGCCUGUGAAGUCGUGUCUGCAGGUCUGGAGAUGCAGGUGUUUUUACAGAUCCCCCAGAUUUAUGUGCGCAAAUCUGGGUUUUUGUGUUUGCAAACAGCUGUGCAAGUGAAAUUGCAGGCACAAAUGUCAAGGGCCAGGUUGCGCGUCCUUUGAAUAAUUGGUUUCUCAAAGGACUCAAGGAAAUGCUUUACAGUUUCCAUUAGCAGAGAAAUCUGGGAGCUGUACUCCGUUCUUGCUCUCUUCAUUCAUGGAGAUGAUCCCAUUUGCUAUGUCAGGCUGAGAGGAACAGCAUAUGGAUGGGCUGCUUUGAGUCCCUGCUGGAUUUGUGCCAUUUUUGGACUGUGCAAGCCUCUGGGCCAGAUUCUCCAAUCUGCUAAAGCCAGUUGGAACUGUGUAAGCCUCACAAAGGGGCUGGAGAAGGCCAGUAGAGAAGUCGCUAUGUGCAGGGGCACUCACAUCUGGAAAUCUAGUGAAGGCCAACUGCCUACAUUCCCUGUCUUAAAGGGAUGGAGGGGGGCAUGGAUGGGAUGAAGAGAGGAGGCGCAAUCCUCCAUUGGCAAGAGGUCCUUGAGUGGUGAUAUGUUCGUGGUGUAAGCCAGGGCAGACUGUGCAGCCCCAACUAGCUCCGGGGCUGGUAGAGCCUGAAUCGGAUCUGCCCUGCAGCCACCACGCUCCAGUGCAACUUGUGUGUCGUGAAGGAUCAGGGUCAUUGAACUCGUUACCAUGCAAAUGAUGGUUCGGAGUUCCUUAGCCACUGGCUCUGUGGAUGGUGCCCCUGAGGGCAAAGCACAGAUAUGGGUCUGAGGCUCCACCAGUGCAUUAUUACUGCAGCUUUACGCUGCUGUAGAUCUCCAUGGAUUUCAAUGGACUGAAACGGAAUAAGCCAGUAGGCCCAAUAAACUAACCUUGUGUCAGUUUUCAGCAAGGCGUGCACUGCGCUGAACUCUGACGCUUUUCGCUAGGCUGAGAGAGUACUGAGAAUUCUGAACGAGUGACGUGUGAGCACGCCAGGAUCGAGUAUUAAAACACCUGUACUAUCGUACCUACAAUUUUCCACCUGCCGUCACACAUGGGAGUAAAAUGACAGGUGCAGGUGGCAGAGAUUUUGCUUCUUUUGCUGCACCCGUAAAUCAGUUCAUUAAGACACCUAAAUCCUGUAGUCUGCAGCCACAAUUGACGGAGAGCACAAGAUCAGAGGCUGGGCUAAGAUUCCUCUGUCUAUUUGGCCUAUUAGACUAGAGAAAGUGAUGACUUAAACCACCUUCUCUUAUAUCCAACUUGAGCUCAGUGUCUGAAACAGUAGGUCUUGUGGAACGUUUUUCUUUACAGCUUUUGAAGAGUCAGUAAAGGGCCUCUUCCAGUCUGAAAUGGAAAGACUCAAAUUCCCAGGAUUAACAAUUACCUUAUUCGCUAUCAAUGGGUUGCAUGUUGCUAAAGCCAUUGUGCUCCCAGUGAAAUCCGAGUACAUUCCUGGAGUUGGAGUCAAGGUGGGAUUUUCUGCUAAACUCAAAAUCCUUGGCACUUGCUGGUCUGUCCUCUUAUCUGGCCUGACCACCAUCAACAUGCGUGUAGACUGUAGUGCUCUCGUUCUGCUGCCUAAGUAUUUGCCACUUACCACCAGCGUUGUCGUCAGGGAUUGCCAGUGUGCUGUGGUUCUCAAAGACAUCAGUAUCAACGUGCUCGAUAUCCGUGCGAGCGUGACAGCCAGCCUAGGGAACAACAUCGUACUGGCGUUACAAGUCAAGACCCCUACAAUACUUUCAGCUUGUAUUUCCUUCGGGCAUUCAAAGAUGCUGAGUGAUAUUAACUGUGUAUUCCCAUUUGAGAAGGGAAAGCUCUUGUAUGUGGCUCAAACUCCAAAAGUAAAUAACCGGUACAUUGAAAUUCCUGUACAGAUGGAAUACCUGGACGACAAUGGGAAGAAGAUCCCCAUUCCACCCCUUUCGGAGGACUUUGUGAUACUGCCAGAAAUGAAUUAUACAUCUGAGGCCAUAGGAGAGAACGUCAUCUCUUCUGUCCUCUCCUACACAGUCUUCAAGAAACCUCAUUCCUUCUUUUGUACCCCUCAAACGUUUCUUGACACUCUCUCCCUGGAGCUGAUCCUCUCUGAACUGAUUGUUUCCAAGUGCCCAAACUGCACUCCAAUCUCUUCUUCACUGCUCAUCGUUACCAAACUAGUCAAACCUCUGAUGGUCGGUCUGGAUGUGAACCUGUGUGCCAUGAAUCUCACUCUCAGCCUGGAGAUAAUGGAUAAAAAGGGAACCAAGAAACCUGUGCUCCUCAUUGCUUUGAAAGCAAAACUCGGCUUGGUUGCCACUCUUCAGCUGGUUGAAGGGAAGGUUCAAUUCACUGCAUCCCUGGACAGUUUGCAUUUCAAGCUUCUUUCCUCAGCCGUGGGCCCCGUCAAGAUUGUACGUUUUCAUGAGCCCCUGAGAGCUUUCAUCCAGAAAAUUAUACUAAAGGAGAUCAACUUUUAUCUCCACUUAGGAAAAAUCCCAAUAUUUAGAGCACCAGGAUUGAAGCCCAGCAUUGCCCAUUGCCACCCUUCUAAGGUAAGGCUUCUGAGAGGUGUGAAAUCUGUUCCUUCGGCACCAUAUCACUGCCCCUUGAUACUCCUCUGCAGCAUCUGCAAUGGGGAGGUUUCUUUAAAAAAAAAUAUCAGGUUACAAAAAAUGUACAUUUGAAGAUUUGCAGCUCUCAUAUCUUUUAGGAAGCCAUCUCCUGCCCCUAAGCGAUAGCUGGCCCUGGGCAUUUUUGCACUGGGAGAAUUCCCCAAUGUUUCCACAUGCCAGUCUGGCUCUUAUUGUCCAUAGAGAUAUACUACAACAUUGUAGCAGCCAUAUUUUAAAGGGAUCUCCACCCAGCCAGCUUUGCAUGUACAGUGCAUUUUAGCUGCUGCUUUCUGCGUGAAAAUGCAAGCGAGAGAGACUUUUCACACCAUCUGCUUUGUAUGUGAAAUCUACCACUUGCUUGUGGAUCUGACAGAGAACAGAAAAUCGCAUGCCUGGAAACCACAUCUUGGAAAUGCUGAUUUCCUGACUGGCCAUAACACCCAUGAACAUGCAGGGUAACCUCGUAGAAGGCGUGUUAGCUGGUUGUGUCACAAUGUAGUCUCACACACAGGCUACUAAAUGAGCAGCUAAUGUGACUUCAAAGGUGCUAGCUUGCAUUGAUAUGGGUGUUAAGAGGACUCUUCAAUUGUAUUAAGCUAACACAACUGAAAAAAUCAACCCCUUUGCCUGAGUAGACAUGGGUUGGUGACUGCUGCAUUUCCUUUAAAAGCUGCAGUAUUAACUAUAAAUUCAGUUUUGUAAAGUGCUUUGGAAUUCCAGGGCUGUGAAGGGUGCAUACUUGGUAAAAAGAAAAUUUUAUUCUCCUUCUUAAAAGUCUUAAUAAAAAUCACUGAAUUCUUAACUCUCUCAAAUUGCUUUGUUUCCAAUAGUCACAUCUGACCCUAAUCAGGUUAAAUGUUUCCAACUCUCUCACCACAUUGCUCUGACAGUAAAUCCAUUACUGUGCAACCCACUUCAUUGAACAGCUGGGAACGAACUCACUGGGUGAAAGAAUCCGUCCUUUGGAAAUGAGCUGAGAAUUUCUCCUUUGUUGUUUCAGCGCUGUCUUGUGUGCCAUAACAAACUCCAUAAAGGGUGAUGUACCAGGCGAGUGCGGUGCUGACUCACCUCUGACACUGAGGAGAGAGGAAGAAACAGUGGCACAAAUGAGGAGGUUUAAUUCAUGGGUUUUUUUUUCCAAAAUUUUGAUUCAAGCUUUUUACUCUGGGGGAAAAAUUGCCCCAUCUGCUAUGGAAUUUCAGUUGAAGAACUGCAGUAGAUCUGAUAGUCUCCUUGUUACUUUACAAUACUAUUGGAUUUGCUAUUUUUCAAAUCAAAUCUGUCUUGAGUGAUGAGUUUCAGGGAGGGUUUGGGACAUGGUGGUUAUUGUUAUAUUACUUUCCUGUGUU